ACAGAAGUUCAACAAAUGAACUGAUUGUUGAUGUUAGUACCCUGGUUUAUUUAACUGAUAAAUUAAACAAAUUAACCUGUCAACACACACAGAGAGAGGGGGAGAGAUUAUCUAUAAUAUCUAUAAUAGUACAUAGCGUGAUGCAUCUACUACUAUAGAACAAGGAAUUUUGAGCCAAGAAGAGGGAUUGGAUGAAGACAGUGACAAGAUGUGUACGAAGAGUAUUUUAUUGUUGUUUACACUUGGUGUGCUAUUAAUAGCCUACAGGAUGUACAACAUAUUACAGAGACCAAUGCCAUUAGACCUCGAUCAACCAGAAAAACUUAGAUUUGUCGACGAACUCGGCAGAAUCGCUAGAUUCUUGGAAAAUGGAUUGGAAUAUCUGGGUAUAACACCAGCCUCUCGUCCUUUAAAAGUAUUGGUAGAUUUAGUUUUAUCGUUGUUGACAAACCCAAUUAUUCGGAUACCGGAUAACAUUAAGAUAACAGAGGAGGUGUUUAACGGGGUCAAAGUUCAUGUUUAUACUCCAACGGGUGGCAGUAAACCUCUACCAGUAUUUGUGUUUUUCCAUGGCGGUGGGUGGACGUGGUUCUCUGUUGGGACCUAUAAUGCAGCACUCAGGAACUUUGCCAAUAAAACAAACCACGUGGUUAUUGCUGUCGAUUAUAGAAAAGCCCCUCAAGAUAUAUUUCCGGCAGCGUACGACGAUUGUCUUGCAGUAACGGAACAUGUUCUAGAAAACACGCAGACGUUAAAUAUAAAAAAGGACGCAAUUUCAUUGGCCGGUGACGGUUCCGGUGGAAAUAUUGCGGCUGCCGUUGCUAUCGCGUUGAAGGAAAAAAUAAAAAUGCAGCUACUUAUAAACCCGGCAUUACAAAUGGUGAAUUUUAAAACCCCGUCUUAUCAAGACAAUGAGGAUGUUUUAGCGGGACUGACAUCUCCAGAAAAAGUAGCCGCUGCUUGGUUACGGUAUGCAGGAAUGCCACUCGAUUUAAAAUCUACGUUGCUAAGUAACCAACACAUUUCAUUAGACAUUCAUAAAAAAUAUUGGAACCUUUUAAACAGCAAAUAUCAUGUUCCCAAAUAUCUGAAUGUUACAAAGAAAAAAACAGUUUAUCCACGCGAGAAAGCGGACAGGAUUUCUUUUGUGUUUGAUGAACUAAUCGCAGAUGUGCGUUUUUGUCCGAUGUUGACGACUAAGCUCGACAAUUUACCAAGUACGUACAUUAUUACGUCACAGUAUGACGUAUUGCGUGACGAGGCAAUCAUGUAUUCUCACAGAUUACAACAAGCGGGUAUCAAGGUGAAAUUACGUCACUAUAAAAAUGGUUUCCAUGGAUUUUUUCAUUUUGCUCAUCGGUGUUUACUGCAGUUUAAAUCAAGCAAAUUGGCGCUGGAACACCUGGUGUCGUUUCUAAACUUUAACAAUUUUCACAACUGAAAUAUUUUCACAUGAAAACAUAAUUGUAUCAUUUUAGUUUGUCGAAAUUAGCCUGUUGAAAGCAACCAAAUAAUUUAUAUUGGCCUGUUGGAAAGCCUUGUGCACAUGCGCAAUAGCUGGUAAUUAAAGUCCAUGAUUCCAAUUU